GAGAACUCUGCACUUUGCACUUUGGUUAAAGUAUCAUUUAGAUUUAAAUCUCUAAACUUUUCUUAAGAAAUUAAGUUCUAUUUGAUUUCCUCUUUUCUGAAUUGCAGAAAUCAGGUAAAACUACUUGACAAAAAUGACUUCUUGUCAUGUUACUGAAGAUCCUAUAAAAAAGGUUGCUAUCUUUGGAGGAACUCAUGGCAAUGAGUUAACAGGAGUAUUUCUAGUUAAGCACUGGCUGGAGAAUGGCACUGAGAUUCAGAGAACAGGGCUGGAGGUAAAACCAUUUAUUACCAACCCAAGAGCAGUGAAGAAGUGUACCAGAUAUAUUGACUGUGACCUGAAUCGAGUUUUUGACCCUGAAAAUCUUGGCAAAAAAAUGUCAAAGGAUUUGCCAUAUGAAGUGAGAAGGGCUCAAGAAAUCAAUCAUUUAUUUGGUCCAAAAGACAAUGAAUAUUCCUAUGACAUUAUUUUUGACCUUCACAACACUACUUCUAACAUGGGGUGCACUCUUAUUCUUGAAGAUUCCAGGAAUGACUUUUUAAUUCAGAUGUGUCAUUAUAUUAAGACUUCUUUGGCUCCAUUACCCUGCUAUGUUUAUCUUAUUGAGCAUCCUUCCCUCAAAUAUGCGACCACUCGUUCUAUAGCCAAGUAUCCUGUUGGUGUAGAAGUUGGUCCCCAGCCUCAAGGAGUUCUGAGAGCCGAUAUUUUGGAUCAAAUGAGAAAAAUGAUCAAACAUGCUCUUGAUUUUAUACAUAAUUUCAAUGAAGGAGAAGAAUUCCCCCCCUGUGCUAUUGAAGUCUAUAAAAUAAUGGAGAAAGUUGAUUAUCCUAGGAAUGAAAAUGGAGAUAUUGCCGCUAUUAUCCACCCUGACCUGCAGGAUCAAGACUGGAAACCGCUGCACCCCGGGGAUCCUGUGUUUUUAACUCUUGAUGGAAAGAUUAUUCCAUUGGGCGGAGGCAGUACUGUGUACCCAGUGUUUGUAAACGAGGCCGCGUAUUAUGAAAAGAAAGAAGCUUUUGCAAAGGCAACCAAACUAACACUCAACGCAAGAAGUAUUCGCUCCUCGUUACCUUAAGAAUCACUUCUAGCCCACCUGUGACACAGUAUCUUGACAAACUCCACUAGGUUGUAAGCUCUUGAAGGGCAGGGCUGUGGCUUCUUCAACUUCAUAUCCUAGUACCUAGUCCAGUGCCUUACCACAGUGGGCAUUCAGGCAAAUUUUUGAAUGAAUGAAUAAAUUAAUGCGUAUCUUCUCAAAGUAUCAUAGUGGACAUGUAGCUUAUUCAAAGAAGUGCAUUUCUUAUUUCUGUAUAACUUUUUAUAUAUUAUACUUUGAGAGUUUAACAUUCUUAACAAACAGCCUUUAAAUUCAAAUUUCAAAACUGAAAUGGAUACUAUACCUUAAAAGUUAUUAACCUGAGCCUAGAAUUAAAUGUGUUUUCAAGUAAUGUAUAAAUGCUACUCGAAACUCAUGAUGCAGACUUGUGAUUUUUAAAUUUUUCAUACUUGAAUUAAUGAUAAUAUAUUAAGCAUCCCAUCUGUAACUUUAGCAAUAGUUGUGAUAUCCAUAGGAGAUUUGUAACUGCUCUUUUGAAGAUGAAAUGUGAACAGGAAAUGAGGGCUGAUUAUAAAGGUGA